AUGACGGAGCGCCGUCGCGAGUAUUACCGGAUGAAACAACAACGAUAUCGGGAUCGGCAACGACAAUGUGAGGAAGAGCUCGAGAGCUCGACACGACAACUAACAGAAGAAAUUAACCAACUCAAGCGGCACCGUGAUCAACUGACAUUCCAGGCACCUCGCAAUCUAACAAUUUGGAUCGUCGCAACCGAGUAUCUUCGCAUAUUUAGUCGUGGCGUCUUCACUCGUGAUGACAUCAACCCCAACGAUCUUGCGCUUCUGGACGCAACAAUGGCGCGCGACGUUUUAGUUGAGCCCACCAGUGGCGAAGACGCUCUGAUUAGGAAUUGGAGUCUCGUCACGCAAUGGUUUCCAGACGUACUCGUUCAGCUCAAGCAGCUGAAACAACUCACAAAGAACUCGCUAAUCGCGUCUAUCACUGUCAGCUUCACCAUUUCAGCUGCCGCGAUGCAGGGUGCGUUCCCACACUUGCUCAACGCAAGAGAAGGUAGUCGCUGUGCCCAAAUUGCUGAGCGAGUAUGGGACCAACAUCUCGUUUUGCAAGGUUCAGUUUGCUUCGACUGGGAUGACAAGAGCAAACAAGUUAUUCGUCUCCACCACCAAGUUGAUAUGAUGUCAGCCAUGCUACAGAUGCUAGGUAAUCUUGAGGAUGUCGCUUUAGUGUUCAAUGGAGCACACGUUACGCCCGAGUGUGCCGUCUCUUCAGCGUUGAUGUCAGCAGUGGCUCAUACUUGCUAG